AUGGCGGCGUCCAUGUCGACAAGGACUUUGCUCGACAACGAGCAACCUUCGUCUCUCGCCAGCACCAGCUCCGCGAGUGACGACAACCCGCGCAACGUCAACGGCUCGACGACAGAAGCAGCCAUGGCACCCUCGACUCUUGGUCUGCUGAUGCUCACCUUCAAUUGCGCAAAGAAGCUGGUCAAUGUCGACGUCCUCGCGAACCACGUGCACACAGCAUUUACGAACAAUGCCACCACGUUGCCAGAUGUUGUGGUUUUCGCUCUCCAGGAAGUCGCACCGCUGAGCUCAGCCUUCAUCAGCUCGCGCUACCUCGAUGAGUACUUUGCGCGCUUUGACGACGCCGUGAAUCUCGCUGCCAGGCAAUAUGAAUCCAACGGCACGACACAAGAAGAACCUCCAGCCUCGGUAGCGCAGACAGCCUCCAGCCCGGAGCCGCCCUCGCCCCAACGUCGCUCGUACACACUCGUUGCGGCCCGCAAUGUCGGAUACACGGCGAUAUUGCUCUUCGCCCUGGACCCGGACAGGAUACGCAACCUGAAGCAUGCCGAGGUCGGCUUUGGUACCGCUGAGAUGGGCAACAAAGGCGCCGUGGGCAUCCGGGCCUUGUACGACGUCGACGGCACCGGGACUAGGUGCACAGAAGUGACCUUUGUGGCGGCGCAUUUGGCGGCAAUGGAGUGGAAUCUGGCCCGGCGGAAUGCAAACUGGGCAGCGAUUGUGCGGGGGCUGACGUUUGGCGAUCCCGAGGUCAUCUUGAACGACCUAAGGGGACCCGAGGGAGGCCGUGAGCCCGCCCAGCCAGCCGAGAAUAGCGACCAAGGCACCGAGGGACACGGCCUGCUGCACGACGUACACGACGAGCAACACGUCCAAGUCCAAAGGGCCAUGCACGACAUUUCAGUGUUCAAGCCGUCGUCGCACCUAUUCGUCGCCGGCGACCUCAACUACAGGAUAUCAACCUCGUCUCCGCCGCCCGACGCCGUCUUCCCGAGCCUGGAUCCCGCCUCGCCAAACUACUACCCUGCCUUCCUCCCCUUGGACCAGCUCACCCGCGAGCGGCGCGCCGGCCGGACCAUGCACGGCCUGUCGGAGCACCAGGUCCGCUUCCCGCCAACGUACAAGUACGACGCGCAGCCCAAGCGCGAGGCCGUGCCGGACCAAGACGAGGCCGAGGUCCCGUGGACGUUUGCAAAACACAGAUACCCAAGCUGGACGGACCGCGUCCUGUACCUCGACCUCCCGCCGUGGGUCAAGUCGCGCGGCGGCCACCCCAGCAUCGACGUCGUUGCCUACGACGCCCUGCCGCUCCUGAGAAGCAGCGACCACCGCCCCGUCUACCUGAGGGUCGAGGUUCCUCUCGUCCCGCCACACGACUUGUCCCCGCCAGCAUCGGUGGAACACGCCGCCGACAGCGACACCCUCAAGGACCCGAGAGUACGCCUACCGAUAGAAGUCGACCCCGAGGCCUGGUCGCGCCGCCGGGUCGCCCGCCAGUGGGAGCUGGUCGUGGGAUGGGGUGCCUUCCUGGGCAGCACCAAGGAGGGGGCCUGGAUAUGGGCCACGCUGCUGGCCGGCGGCGUGGCAGCAUGGUGGUUGUACAAGACGUGGUGA